CUCCUUCCCCCGAUUCAUACAAACCGAACAAAGAAAACUGAAGAAGACCCACAAAAAUUCACAUCGAUUUCUACUUCCCGAUUCAUAACUGGAAUCGAUUAUCUGUCCACGCUAGAAGCCCGUUUAAUGUAGUGAUUCAUCAUUCAUAGAAAGUUCAUGUAUAGUUCGUUUGAUUCAUCUUCUUAGAAAACUAGGAUUUUUACGAUCUCAAAAUUAUAUUGUUUAUUUUGUCUUCUUACGAAUCCCAAAUUUCUCUUCAAUUGUUUUUCUUUCAAUCCGGGUAAUUCCUUCAGACCCAGAACCAUGGCUGCUGUUGCUUCUGCUGUACUGAGAUCAAAGCUCACGUUCUCCCGCUCCAGGUACCUCAUAUUCAACCACAUGCACAGUGGUCGAGUCGCCAGUUCCUAUAUGUAUAAUAAAUCCCAGUCCGAUAAUUUCUUCUUUGACACCCCUUACCAUUUCACUUCAUUCAAACCCGUCUCUCUUCGAGGUGAUUUCGUUGACAGAGGAAACUGCUUUGAUUAUAGUAGAAGAAUUUUUCCAAGGUUUGUGAAGGGUAUUAAGAAAUUGGGUUUCGCUGGCAGUAAUAAUAUUAUCACGAGCUCUCAUGUGGAGUCUCCAGGAGAUGGAAUUGCAGACAAGCCUACUGACAUGAAUUUGAACGGCAUAGGUGAUGAACAUAGUGAAGGAACUAGAAUUGGAGGUGGGUUUGGUUCCGAUUUGAAUUCGAAAGAUGGGACUUGGGGAGGAACUAAAUGGUGCAAUGAAUUUCCGACUCCCAAAGAGAUUUGUAGAGGGCUUGAUAAAUUUGUGAUUGGGCAAGAGAGGGCAAAGAAGGUGCUUUCUGUGGCUGUUUACAACCACUACAAGAGGAUUUUUAAUGAAACACAGAAGUGGCUUGCAGACUCAACUAAUAAUGACAAAGCAGAUGCAGAAGCAGAUCCUGAAUUUGUGGAACUUGAGAAGAGCAACAUUCUUCUGAUGGGGCCCACAGGAUCAGGGAAGACAUUGCUUGCCAAAACAUUAGCAAAAUUGGCAAAUGUCCCUUUUGUUAUUGCUGAUGCCACCACACUAACUCAGGCAGGAUAUGUUGGAGAAGAUGUAGAGUCCAUAUUGCACAAGCUCCUUACUGCUGCAGACUACAAUGUAGUAGCUGCACAACAUGGCAUUGUGUAUAUUGAUGAAGUUGAUAAGAUAACCAAAAAGGCUGAGAGCAUCAAUAUAAGCAGAGAUGUGUCUGGUGAAGGCGUUCAACAGGCAUUACUAAAGAUGCUGGAAGGGAUGGUGGUAAAUGUCCCAGAGAAAGGAGCUCGGAAGCAUCCUAGGGGAGACAACAUUCAGAUAGACACAAAAAAUAUCCUUUUCAUAUGUGGGGGUGCUUUUAUCGAUUUGGAGAAAACCAUAUCUGAAAGGCGCCAAGAUUCAUCCAUUGGCUUUGGUGCACCAGUUCGUGCAAACAUGAGGAGUGUUAAUGUCACAAAUUCUUCUAUAACAUCAUCAUUGUUAGAAACUGUUGAAAGUAGUGAUCUUAUAGCUUAUGGUCUUAUACCUGAAUUUGUUGGGCGAUUUCCCGUUCUUGUGAGUUUGUUAGCUCUCACUGAAGAUCAACUUGUUCAGGUCUUGAUGGAGCCAAAAAAUUCUCUUGGCAAGCAGUAUAAGAAGAUGUUCGAAAUGAAUGGAGUAAAGCUGCAUUUCACAGAGGGUUCCUUAAGAGCAAUUGCUAGAAAAGCAGUAAAUAAGAACACAGGAGCUCGAGGAUUGAGAUCCAUAUUGGAGAACAUUCUAAUGGAUUCCAUGUACGAGAUUCCGGAUAAAAGGACAGGUGAUGAUAUAAUAGAUGGUGUUGUAGUUGACGAAGAAAGUGUUGAAUUACAUGGAGAAGGGUGUGGGGCGAAAAUCCUCAAUGGAAAAGGUGCAUUGGAUCGUUAUCUUUCUUAUGAGAAACAGAAAUAUUUAGAGAGAAAUGUGGGGGGAGCGGAUGCUGAUCCAGAAAUGGAAGAGGAACCAUCCAUGGCGGCACUGUAAAAUCUGCCCUAGGUUUGUUCUGUUCCUAAUUUAUGCAACUUGUCCUGUACAAAUACACAAUAAGGCAUAAGCAUGUAGAUAAAUAUUUUUUCCUUUCUAAGUUAUGAAAUAAAACUGCCUUUUGAUUUCCA